CCACCACCUCUUUCCCAAACCCUCCUUCCAUUACAGUCAUUCAAUCUUAUUCACUAUGGGUGCUAAUAUGUCAAAAGCUCUCGCCAAACUGUUUGGCAGUAAGGAGAUGAGAAUCCUUAUGCUUGGGCUAGAUGCCGCAGGCAAAACAACUAUCCUUUAUAAACUCAAGCUUAAUCAAUCCGUGACUACGAUCCCUACAGUUGGAUUUAACGUCGAGUCCGUGACUUAUAAGAACGUCAAGUUCAAUGUCUGGGAUGUGGGAGGACAAGACAAGAUCCGUAACCUGUGGAGACAUUAUUAUACCGGAACACAGGGCCUAAUUUUCGUUAUUGAUUCUCAAGACCGUGAUAGAAUUGACGAGGCGCGUCAGGAACUGCACCGUAUUAUCUCUGAUCGUGAGAUGAGAGACUGCCUAUUGCUUGUUUUUGCCAACAAACAAGAUCUUCCUGGAGCCAUGUCACCCACAGAAGUGACAGAGAAGCUCGGGUUGAACAAGAUGCGAGAAAGGGCCUGGUAUGUUCAUCCUUCAUGUGCCACUACCGGCGACGGUCUUUUCGAAGGCCUCAACUGGCUGAGCCAAAACGUAAAGACAAAGUAAAUCGAGAUAAUCAAACCCACAAAAAAGAUGAAUCAAACAUACAAAAAACAAGGCAGCAAAAUUCAUUCCUUUCUUGCUGAACUUAUUCCCCUUCUAUUACUUCUUCUCCUUGCAAACCCUUACGAGGAAGAAGACAAAUAUCAUCAUUUAUUAUAUGUUAUUUCCACUCCAAAUCUUUUUCUUUAUUUCUAUUUCUUUUUCCUUUAACCAUGUCUUUCUUGUUAUAUCUAUAUCUAUAUUUUCCCUAAUAUUCACUUCUCACACCUUUUUUAUUAUUUCUAAAAAAGAGCCCUCCCUUUUAAAGUAGAACCUUUUAUUAUAUUACUUAUAAAGGAAUUUAAAGAAAAAUGAAUAUUCCAAACUCU